AUGAUUUUCGACGAGACUCCAAGAUGGAUUUUGUAUACUGGGAUGUCUUCGUUGCUAUGUGUGGCAGGAGCGCUGUGUGUGCCGCUCGUGUCACGUGCUAGUACUUCUGCGGCUACCGUGAACACUCGGCUGUUGAACUAUGGGCUGUCGCUCAGCGCAGGAUCGAUGCUCGCAACGAGUUUGUACAGAAUGCUGCCGCACGACGAGAAGCACAAGAAACAGGUGUUCAUGGGAUUUCUGCUCGGGGUAGUAGUAAGCUUUAUUCUCAACUUCAUUGUGCAUGCUUACACCAAUCACAGUCUGGUGCAUUGCGCUCACGGAACUGGUAUUCACGAAAGCGAUGGCCAUCGCCAUGGUAGUGACCAUAGCAACGGCGGCAGUGAUCAUCACGAUGUAACGCACUCCAACGACCAACAGUCGCAUUUUCCCGCCGAAAUGCAGCAACGCGACCCUGUGGAACCAGCUCCGCCCAAAAAGCCUUUUUUAAAGAAAAUGCCAUCGUUGAUUGACUUAUUGAACAAGAGCGAUCCGGCACACGGUACUUGCUACGGUAGCAUGUCGUGCCUACCGCAGGAUGCUGAGAUUGCGCCUGCUAGUUGUCGCAGUGAUCAAUACAAAAAAGCCGUCCCUUGCAUCGAAAACGACAUUGGAUACGACCUCGAAAACUUGAGCAUGUAUCGCAAUCGUUUUUUGAGUAUCGAUAGCCAUGGCCAUGAAAUCUCUGGAUCUACAUCAAGUACUGAAGAUAUGCAUCCAUUGCACGAUGGUGAUGGUGUAUCUCACCAUCAUCACCACCACGUUGCAACUCCAUUCUCCAAAUUAGUUUCCAUUGGCGUUCAAACAUGCGCCGUAAUGGCUUUGCACAAAUUUCCUGAGGGUUUCAUCAUUUUUUUUACUAACAACGAUUCCAAAUAUUCUAAGGCUAUCGGAUUUUCCAUUUUCCUUAGUCUGGCUAUACAUAACUUCAUCGAAGGAUUUUCGAUGACUUUGCCGCUUUACGCUGCUUUUAAACGUAAGUGGGUCGCUGUCCUCGUGACGAUCGUUUUGGGUGGUGGAUCUCAACCACUGGGAGCUUUACUUGGUUAUUUAAGUUUCCACUAUUCCGGUGCCCGUGAAGUUCAUGUGAACUUUUUGCUGAGUUUGACAGCUGGAUUUUUAUUUGUGAUCGGGCUCCAGAUGUUCCAGACUGCAGUUGGGUUCAGCGACGGUCACCAUCAUCAUGAUACCGAUGAAUCUAUGAAGGAUCAUGCUUUAGGUACGGUUUGCUUGCAUUGGUGCUGUGCUGGUGUACUACUGAUUUUGUCAACCGGGCUCUUUGCCUAA